AUGACCGGCCCAACCUUUGUCCCAGUGAACAACAACGAUAUGGAAGUAAACAAACAUACUCCCAUGUUGGACGAGUCUACUGAUCUCGAAUCCGAAGAGAGCUCCCGAAAUGGAACUCCCAACAGCAGCCGCGUCGAACCAGAAGAACAAGGUGGUUUUGACUUUGCCACGUUUGCCUGUUGCACCUUUGGUGCCACUCGAGGAACCUGCCCACUUUGCCAUCAGGUCAUUGGUAUGAGUGAUGCGUUUUGCAACCUCCGAGGUCCCGAUCCCAAUGGUCAGGGGGAAAUUUUGGCCCACAUGGAGUGCUUUCAUCGUCAGCAACGAGCCAAGGCCCACAAUGCCACCAAGAUUCAAGCCUUGGCUCGAGGAGGAAGGGCUCGAGACGAUUUGCGUCGAGAAAGGGCCGCUCGUGAAGCGGCGGCUCGUCGUGCCUUUGAAUUGGAACGAGAGGCGGAACGGGCGGCAGAAUUGGCGGCCAUGGAGGCGGACCGAGAACAAGCUCCAAAAAAGAAGAAGAGCCUCGCCAAGAAGCUCUUUGGAUGUUUUGGAUCCAAACCUGCUGUGGAAGAACGCGAAGAACCAAGAGUCACGUUUGAAGAUGAUGAUUCCACCCAGUGA